AUGCUACGACAUGCUGCAGCCAAACCCCGGAGACAAGCUUUGCGAGGAGCUGGUUAUCUGCUUCACGCCCAGUCUUCCUCCUGCCUUUCUCUAACAGAGGAACUGUUUUUAGAAGCUGCAGAAUAUGGUAACAUUCCUGAAGUGAGGCGGAUGCUCGAAGAGCUGCCAGGCCUCAAUGUCAACUGUGUGAACUACAUGGGCCAGAAUGCACUGCAGCUGGCAGUUGCCAACGAGCAUUUAGAAGUUACAAAGCUUCUACUUCAGAAGAAAGACUUUGCCAGAAUAGGAGACGCUCUGCUGUUAGCCAUCAGUAAAGGUUACACCCGCAUUGUAGAGGCCAUACUGAGUCAUGAGGCCUUUGCAGACGGUCAGAGGCUGACUAACAGCCCCAGCCAGGCGGAGACACACGAUGACUUCUUCUCCUACGAUGAGGACGGCACACGUUUCUCUCUCGACAUUACUCCCAUCAUACUGGCCUCCCAGUGCCACGAGUAUGAAAUAGUGCAUAUACUGCUUCUGAAGGGGGCCCGUAUAGAGCGACCCCAUGACUACCUCUGUCAGUGCAGGACCUGCAGCGAGCAGCAGAGGUACGACUCUUUCAGCCAUUCACAGUCCCGGAUCAAUGCAUACAAAGGUCUGGCCAGUCCGGCAUAUCUUUGCCUCUCCAAUGAAGACCCAGUAAUGGCAGCUCUGGAUCUGAGCAAUGAACUGGCAGUCCUGGCCAACACUGAAAAGGAGUUCAAGAAUGACUAUAAGAAACUGUCCAUGCAGUGUAAAGACUUUGUGGUGGGACUCUUGGAUUUGUGUCGAAACACGGAGGAAGUCGAGGCCAUUUUAAACGGGGACACUGAAUCACGUCAAAGCUCCGAAACCUGCAGCAGACAAAAUCUUAUCAGGUUAAAAUUGGCAAUAAAAUACGAACUCAAAAAGUUUGUGGCACAUCCAAACUGCCAACAGCAGCUUCUCUCCAUCUGGUACGAGAACUUGUCCGGGCUACGUGAGCAAACCACGGCAGUAAAAAUUCUUCUUGUGCUUGGUGUAGCUGUUGGGUUGCCUGUCCUGGCCUGUAUUUACUGGAUAGCGCCGUCAAGUAAGUUAGGAAAACUGAUGUGUGGACCUUUCCUGAAGUUUGUGGCCCAUGCAGCUUCCUUCAUGAUAUUUCUCUGCCUGCUGGUCCUGAACGCAGCAGACCGAUUUGGGGGAACAUCACUGCUGCCUAACAUGACCGCCCACGAUUACCCCUCGCAGCUUUUCCGUAUGAAGACCACCCCGUUCACCUGGAUGGAGAUCCUCAUCAUAUCUUGGGUCAUAGGGAAGAUCUGGGAGGAAUGUAAAGAUAUCUGGUCGCAGGACUUCAGGGAAUACAUCUCCGAACCCUGGAACCUUCUUGACUUUAGUAUUUUGGCCAUUUUUAUGACCUCUUUCAUUGCCAGACUGAUGGCUUUCUGGCAUGCAUAUUCUGCUCAGUGCUAUAUUGACAAGCACCACACGGACCUGUCCAACAUGACUUUGCCCUUCGAGAUACAAUAUUUCCAGCUGGCUCGAAUUCACUGGAUGCCCUCCGACCCGCAGCUCAUUUCUGAAGGCCUCUAUGCGAUUGCAGUCGUGCUGAGCUUUUCUCGCAUCGCAUACAUCCUGCCGGCCAACGAGAGCUUUGGACCUUUGCAGAUCUCUCUGGGAAGAACAGUAAAAGACAUCUUUAAAUUCAUGGUGGUCUUCGUAACAGUUUUUGUGGCUUUCAUGGUGGGAAUGUUCAAUCUGUACUCGUACUACCUUGGAGCAAAGCACAACGACGCCUUUACAACGCUUGAAGAGAGCUUUAAAACGUUAUUUUGGGCCAUCUUUGGAUUGUCUGAAGUGAAGUCAGUGGUCAUUAACAUCAACCAUAAGUUCAUUGAGAAUACAGGCUACGUUCUGUAUGGAGUGUACAACAUCAUCAUGGUGAUUGUCUUGCUAAAUAUGCUCAUUGCAAUGUUUAACAGCUCCUUCCAAGAAAUUGAGGAUGAUGCAGAUGUUGAGUGGAAAUUCGCCAGAGCUAAACUGUGGUUCUCUUACUUCGAGCAAGGUGGCACACUGCCUGUGCCCUUCAAUCUCAUACCCAGCCCCAAGUCUGUAGCUUCCCUCCUGCUGGGGAUAAGGAAAUCUCUCUGGGAGGUACCUUCAGGCAAAGAAAAUUCAAACGAUGAGAUGGAGCUUAACAAUCUGAGGCGACAGGAAGAUAAGAGUGGGGAAGGAUCUCUUUGUCCAACGCGCCACCAAAAAAUAAUGACUUGCCUCAUCAAAAGAUUCAUCUUGAAAGCGCAGAGAGAUAAAGAUAAUGACGAAGUGAACGAAGGCGAACUGAAGCAGAUCAAGCAGGACAUCUCCAGUCUCCGCUAUGAGCUGUUGGAAAGGGGGAACCGUGACAUGAGGACGCUGGGAGACCUCGUCCGGCAGCUGGGAGAAGACAUGCAUGUUCAACAGACAGGAGACAAGAUGGAUGAGCUGGAUAUAUUUUCAUAAAACAUGGAAAUGUUAGAGCUGCAUUUACUGGAAACAUUGUCAUUAUUGAGUCAUUCAGACAGACUAAAUACAAAAUAGACAUUUUAGACUUACCUGAUAACACUAGAUAUUCUAUGUUCAUUAAGAUUUGUAUUUCCUUAAAAUUGUCUGCUUUGGCAAAUAACCUAUCAGAUGCUCUUUUCUCAUCUGCUUGUAUCAGUACAGUUAACCACAUGGUGGCACUGAUGAAUUUAUUUUCUUGUUGCUCAGGCUCUGUCACACCACUGACUGCUAACAUAUGAUGCUGCCUGUUGCCAGCUGUUUAUUUGGUUUGAUUUAGACAUCAUUUAUCCAUUUGGAGCAGAAAAAAAAAAACAGAAAGCAGUUCAGACAAAAUAUAAAAGAAUAUCUUUGAAUAUGUUACUGGUAAUUUGUAAGUCACCUAAAAUGAGAGCUUCUGAUGCAGAUGAAAAGUUGCUUUUUUACUGUAUUGCAUCUUUAAAAUUAAUGAACCAAACUGUGGUUUAGACAUCCAAAACAGAACACAGGAGCUCUUUGUUUGAUUUCUUAUGUUUAUUAAAAUGUUCAUUAUCUGGAGUACAGAGGGUUUAUGGGUUUUUAAAAUCAUCGCAGCAGAUGCUGCUGUGCUCUCUCGCACAUGCUGUGAAGCAAGACAAAUGUCUGAGAACAGUCUGACCUGUCAUGUAGACAAACAGCUCACCUCCAUACAGUCGGGCCAGAGGACUAAAAGCUACCAUCAGACUUAAGCUGUCAAGCUCCUGAAUAAAGCUGCUUUGAAGCAUUUAUGUCAAGAAAAAUGAAGCCACAGACAUGAC